AUGGAUGAAAAUGCACUUCUCCGGUUCUUGAAGUUCGUCCUUCUGUCAUCUUGCGUGCAAUUCAUAGCUGCUCAAAAUACAUCAUCAUCGUGGAACACAACCUCUUUCGAUCCGCUCAAAUACGUCAACCCAUUGAUCGGCACCGACAAUGGAGGAAACGUUUUCGCGGGUGCUACUCUGCCAUAUGGCAUGGCAAAAGCAGUAGCGGACGUCGACGGGCAGAACACCGCAGGCUUCUCGACAGAUGGCAGCAACAUCACCGGAUUCUCACAUAUGCACGACUCGGGGACAGGAGGAAAUCCCUCUUUAGGGAACUUCCCUCUCUUCCCGCAAUAUUGCCCCGAAGAUGAAGUUAACAACUGCAACUUCGUGAUAGGAGAAAGGAAAACGAAAUAUAUCAAUGAUAGCGUAGUGGCUACGCCGGGAUAUUUCUCUCUGAAUCUGGAGACUGGCAUUAAGGCUGAGAUGACAGUUACUGAGCAUGCUGCUCUCUACCACUUCAAUUUCCCUCCCAAGUCCUCGAAGAAUGGCACGGAUCUAAGCCCAUUGAUCCUACUCGACCUCACGGACCUUUCCGCCAGUCGCCAGAAUGCGUCCGUGAGCGUGGAUGAAAAUGGUAGGAUCAGAGGGAAUGGAACUUUCCUCCCAAGUUUUGGGAGUGGUUCCUUCAUCCUGCACUUUUGUGCGGAUUUCCUGGGCGCGAAGGUUAAGGAUACGGGGAUCUGGGUCAACAAUCGUGCAGGUACAGAGCCGAAGACUAUUUUUGUUACGAGAGGAAUCAAUCUCUUCUAUCUAGAAGCUGGGAGUUGGAUACAGUUUGAGCGGCCGGCGGAUGGAGUCGUGAGCGCUAGAGUCGGUGUAAGUUUUAUCACCGCAGAUAAAGCAUGCCAGAAUGCUGAGACAGAAAUACCUGGCGAUGAAUGGGAUUUCGCCGGUAUUAAAAAAAGUGCUGAGGAGGCCUGGAGGGAGAAAUUGAGUGUGGUGAGGAUCGAUUCGAAGGGGGUUAGUGAGAACUUGGUGACGAACUUUUACAGCGCUAUGUAUAGGACAAUGAUGUCUCCGCAGAACUAUACGGGAGAGAAUCCUCUUUGGGAGAGCGAGGAGCCUUAUUAUGAUUCUUUCUACUGUCUAUGGGAUGCAUUCCGUUCCCAACUCCCGUUCCUCACAAUUAUCGACCCCACCUCCCUCACAGCGAUGAUCCGCUCUCUCCUCGAUACCUACGUGCAUAUCGGCUGGCUUCCAGACUGCAGAAUGAGUCUCUGCAAAGGCUUUACUCAGGGAGGUUCCAACGCAGAUGUCGUUCUCGCCGAUGCAUUCGUCAAGAACCUCACCUCUUCCUCCCCAUCCUCGCGCAUCAACUGGGAUCUCGCAUACGAAGCCGUGCUCAACGAUGCAGAAAAUGAGCCUUUAGACUGGUCCGUCGAAGGACGCGGUGGUCUUAUGUCGUGGAAAGCCCUAGACUACAUCCCCUACCUCGACUACGACUACCUGGGUUUCGGAACUAAUUCCCGUAGCAUAUCUCGCACAUUAGAAUACUCGUAUGAUGAUUUCUGCGUCGCCACUAUAGCUAAGGGGCUGGGGAAGGAGGAGGGCUAUAAAAAAUAUAUGCGACGAGCUAUGAAUUGGCGGAACCUGUGGAAGGAGGGUCAUAAAUCUUAUAUUCAGGGGAACGAUACAGGGUUCACGGGGUUCUUUCAGCCGAAGUAUCUGAAUGGGACAUGGGGGGAACAGGAUCCGAUCAAGUGUAGUCCGCUAGAUAGUUUUUGUUCUUUGACUUCCAAUCCGCAGGAGACGUUUGAGGAUUCGAUUUGGGAGUAUCAAUUUUACGUCCCCCACGCAGUCUCGCAGCUCAUAACCCUCCUAGGUGGGCCCAACACUUUUAUCUCCCGCCUUCAAUUUCUCCACACAUCAGGCUUGACAGAUAUCGGUAAUGAGCCCUCCUUCUUAACCGCCUUUCUCUACCAUUAUGCUGGGCGCCCGGGUCUCUCAUCGGAACUCGUGCAUCAGUAUGUUCCCGGCUACUUUAAUGAUACCGUGACGGGAUUGCCCGGCAACGAUGAUACGGGUGCCAUGGCCUCCUUUAGCGCCUUCAUAUCUAUAGGUGUCUUCCCUAACCCGGGACAAAACAUUUACUUCCUAACCGCGCCCCUCUUCCCCUCCAUAUCGAUUACCUCACCCGUCACCGGUAAAAUGGCCACGAUCACAACAUCUAAUUUCGAUCCGGAGGGGAAGAGGAUAUAUAUCCAGAGCGUUAAGUAUAAUGGUAAAGUCUAUGAGAAGAGUUGGAUUGGCCAUGAGCUUUUUACGGAGGGGGGUGUACUUGAGUUUGAGGUCGGAGAUGUGGAGAGUGAGAGGUGGGGGAGGGAGAGGGAGAGUUUGCCGCCGAGCUUGUGA